UUGUACUGUUGUCCAAGAGGGGAGAGGGAGGGCAGCGAGGCACUGCAUUGUUGCCGGGGUUGUGUUCAUCGUGUGGAGGCACUAUGAAUGGCUUGAUCUCUCCAGCUCGUUUCCUGAGGGGUGCACGCACCAGUGUGGCCGUGUGGAGCAGGCGUACGUCACAGGGUUUGUACGGAGCUCGGGGUGAACGAUGCAUCUGCACCAACGCCAGUCUGAACUCCAGCAUCGCGGAGCAGAAGUCCAAAAGACAUUGUGUGCUGCCUGGACGCAGGGCAGACCCCCUUCCUGAUGUAUUCAUCCGACACAAAAGCUCAAAGAAGAAGAAUAAGAAAAUGCCCUCGCAGGAGGAGGAGGAUGAGGAGGGAGAGGACACUGAGGGAAGUGAGUCCGAGGGCGAAUCGGCCAGAGAGGAAGAUGAUGUUGCCCAGCCAAAGACUUACAAAGACCUCGAGAAAGUAGUGGCAUCUUUUCGGUUUGAUCUCGUCAUGAAAGCUGGUCUGGAUGUGGCAAGGAACAAAGUGGAAGAUGCCUUCUAUUCCAACAAACUGAGGCUGAACGGAGAAAGGUUACUGAAGAAGAGCAAAGUGGUGAAGGAGGGUGAUAUCCUGGACCACAUCACCGGGGAGGACAAAGAAGCUGAAACGGUCACCGUCAUGAGGGUGAUGCUGCGGAAAGUUGCCGGGGAAAUGACGGACACAGACAAAUACAGAGUGACCUUGAGACGCUGGAAACACCUGAUGCUGCCGAGAUCAGACGUGUACAAGUAAAAAUAUAGACAAUAGGUGCAGGAGUAAGCCAUUGGGCCCUUCAAGCCAGCACCGCCAUUCAAUGUGAUCAUGGCUGAUCAUCCACCAUCAGUACCACGUUCCUGCCUU